AUGACUCCAACGAUGGUACCAGAAUCACAUGACGGCUUUAGCAACGAUUCAACGAAGGCACCAGAAUUACCUAAUGUUUUAAGUGACGACUUCAAUGACGCACCACAAUCACAUGAUAUGACAGCUCCAAUGAAGGCACCAGAAUUACAUAAUGAUUUAAGCGACAUCUCCAACAAUGGCACCAGAAUCACACGAUGGCUCCAAAGUCACACAACAACUUCAGCAACGACUCCAACGACGAUUACAUCAAAAUUCUGGUAA